AUGAUAUUACGUCCUCCGAAACCAUCGGCAUGCGUUGCUUAUUUCCCCGGAGAUACCAUGGAAUCUGAAUCUGCUGCACGACUACCUGCUCCUCUUGUUGACCCACUCACUGUCGGGAAAGCAUUUGUCAUGCAGUACUACCACAUUUUGUAUAACAUGCCAGAGCUUUUGCACCGAUUCUAUCAAGAGAACAGCAAGGUUGGGCGUGUUGGACAGGACGGAGUCAUGCGCCACUUCUCUACCUUACAAGGUAUAACUGAGGUGCUUAAGACACUGUCCUAUGGAGAUUUUAAAUCGGCUGAGAUUACCAGUUAUGAUAUCCAAGAGUCUCACGAUGGGGGUUUCGUUCUUGUGGUUACUGGCUACUUCGCUCUAAACGAAAGACUUCGAAGGAAAUUCUCCCAAACGUUUUUUCUUGCUCCGCAAGAAAAUGGGUACUUUGUUCUUAAUGACAUGUUCAGAUUUGUCAAUGAACCCAAGGCCAUAGAUGGGGAACUCGUUUCUCGGAAAGAAUCUGAAACCCAUAGUUCUGGUAAUGCUCCUACAGGCUCUAAGCAAGCUGAAUGUGUUUCGGUGAAUCCUGUUUGUAAGGAAGUGGUUAAGCACUCGAAUAAUGAGAAUGCUUCACUUGCUAAGGAGCAUGUUCUGGUCCCUGAGAUCAUCAAUGGAGAAGUUCCAGAUAUUGAGAUAACUUUCAAAGAAGUUGCAGAUGAUUCACUGAAAAUAUCUGACCCAGAUGAUGGACUUGAAGAUGUUCCUAAUCCUAAGAAAUCUUAUGCAUCUGUGUUGAAGGUUAAGAAGGAUAAAUCUGGAGUUUCAGUUGGCCCUUCACUGUCGCCAAAGCAGAUAUUGAAAGACCAAGACCAUCAAGUGUCUUCUGUUCCUUCAUUUGAGCAGAUAUUGAAAGACCAAGAACAUCAAGCGUCUUUUGUUCCUUCAUUUGAGCAGAUACUGAAAGACCAAGAACAACAAGUGUCUUCAGAUCCUUCUCCCGUGAUAGAAUCUGAUGCUGUUUCUGAGGCCGUCGAUGCUACUAAAAAUGCGCACAAUCAUGGGUUAGAAGUAGCGGUGGCUGAGGGUACAUCUAUUUAUGUGAAACAUCUCCCUGCAAAUGCCACCAUUGACAUGCUUGAGGCUGAAUUUAAGCAAUUUGGAGUGAUUAGCAGUGGUGGGAUUCAAGUUGUAAACCAAAGGGGGUUAGGUUUUCCGUUUGGUUUUGUUGAGUUUAAGGAGGCAGAUGCCGCCCAGAAAGCAAUAGAGGCUUCACCUUUGAUGAUUGGUGGACAGAGGGCUUUCGUGGAGGAGAAGCGAUCUACAUCAAGAGGUAACAGAGGAAGUGGGAAUGGAAAUGUGGGAGUGAGAGGAAGAGGAAACUAUGGGUAUGGAAACAAUUACAGGAGGGGAGGAGGAAGGUCUUUCAAUAAUCGUAGAGGCAAUGAAUACGUCGCCAGCCUCAACACAUACUAA